AGAGGUCAUGUCUUUUUUUUUUUAAUGUUCUUUGAGGUAGCACAUCGCAGCAAGAUGGGAUAGGCUCGUCUGCACAGGAGUCGAAAACGUUGCAUGACCCGGUGCUAGCGAAUUUGUCCCAAAGCCUGCGCUAUUCGUCUGCUGCACGCUCACGCUUAUAAAUAGGAGAUGUAGAGCCGAAUCGAGAGACGGCUCUCUGUCCUCCAGCUCACCCGUUUCCUCUCCCAUCACCACUUUUCGCUCUCCUGGUCAAGCGAAGGGCACCUUUUGAUUUGCAAGCCAACUGCCCGUGAGUUCGAGGGCAUAUACACAUCAUCCACCUCGCCCUGCCCUUGCUGUGCCGACCUUUCUCUACUCUGCAGACAGGGGUCGCUAGCCACGAUGCGACUUCUCGUCGUCGUCUCGAUCGUGAUAUGUGCCAUCACUCUUCUGCACGCGAGUAGCGGGGUGCGGGCUCAUGUGCUUCCUCCAUCUACUCUGCAUCCCAGGCAGGGCAGGCCCAGGUCGUGCUGUAAUGUCGACUACUGUCAGACCUCGCAGCAAAAGGACACCUGCAAGACGGAGUCGCCAGACGAUUGUUGCCAUGCUUGUAAGGGAUCGCCUAGUCAGUGCGGCGAGGAACCUCGAACGCCACCUCCUCGUCGACCUCCUCCUACUCCUCCUCGUCGCCGCGACGAGCUGAUCGAUAGCUUGCUACCAAGGAAGAAGGACAAAUGCUGCAGCAUCGAUCCCUGCCGUAUUCUCCUCGAGGUUCAAACUUGCAGCACGGACUUACCACUGCCUUGCUGCCACGGGUGCAAGGGUUCGCAAUUUUGCCCCAAACCUCCACCUCAACGUCGCGACGAGCUGACCGAUAGCUUGCUGCCAAGGAGGCCCGAGCCCUGCUGUGACACCGAUCCCUGUCAUACCGCGGAAGAAAUUUUCAGUUGCUCGACCAGGUCGAAGUUACCUUGCUGCGACGGGUGCAGGGGCGACCCGAAACUCUGCGGUAACGCUCCUGCUCGGCCUCGCAACCAACUUGCCGAUAGCUUGCUGCCAAGAGCACAGCAGCCCUGCUGUGCUCUUGAAUCCUGUCAAAACGAAGUAGAAGCUCUGUCUUGCCUGAGCUCGCAGAAGUUGCCUUGCUGCGACGGCUGCAAGGGCAACUCGCAGCUUUGCGGUAAAUCUCCCGCUCAGCCUCGCAACGAGCUUGUGGAUAGCUUGCUGCUGCCAAGGCAGCCUCCGCCCCCACCCUACACGAAUUGCUGCGAGAUCGAUCCUUGCCCCGUCUGGCCACUUGAUUGCGGAACGGAAGCUCCAACGAAUCAGUGCUGCUUUUCGUGCAAGAAGGACCUGAAGAAAUGCCCCAAAUCGACGCUCUCCACCGAGCGCUCUUUGGAAUCUACGAAGGACUCAUUACUUGCGGACGUCGGUAGCGGUCUGCUUCCACGCGUUCCAGCCCAAGCCACGUCGGGCAUGCUGCUGCCGAGGCAAAUCCCUCCACCACCGUACGAGAAUUGCUGCGAGAUUCCCCCUUGCAAUUUUCCUUCGCUCUGUGACAACGAUCCAUCUCCGGAGGACCAGUGCUGCUAUUCAUGCCAGAAGGAGUCAAAAUGCAAGAAGAAGCCGCCUGGCAAGCGUUCUUUGGACUCGCCGGAAUCGCUCGUGCAUCGUGAAGUCUUUCUUUCGAGAGCCAUGAAUCCCGUCACUGGCAUGCUUUUUGCAAGAGACGACUUCAAUUGUUGCAACUACGACUAUUGUGGAUUUGAUGAUAGAUGCUCUCAGAACAGUCCCCCAGUUUGUUGCUUCGGAUGCAAGGGAACACCACCGUGUCAAGGUGGUAAGUCUCCGGGGCAGGGACGGUUUAAACCAGCCCCUCCGCCUUAUCCUCGACGAUCUUUGGACUCUGCUGUCGAAUCCUUCGACGAUCGCAUCUUCUCCCGCAGCUCUGCCGGUUCGGCUGAAAAAGACCGCUUGCUUCCGAGGCAGCUAGAUUCUUGCUGCCAAACGGCGUCUUGCGCUACGAACAAAGCUAUGUGCGGACCAGGCAAAGAUGCUCCGUGCUGCACUGGGUGCCAGGGAUCGACACUGUGCAAUCCAAAGCAUGGUCCAGGCAAACGGCAACAUGAUGAACGAUCUCUGGAGUCCACCACGGACAGCUUCAACGACGACACUCAUGUUACGCGGAGCGCCCUCGAGUCGGCCGAAACUGACUUGUCCCGAAGAGCGGACUCUUGCUGCGAUACCGCGCCUUGCGCGACUCUGAACGAGCAGUCGAGGUGCACAUUGCCAGGGCACAAACUGAGCUGCUGCUCUGGUUGCAAGGGAUCGCCACGAUGCAACGCAGAGCACAGUCCGCGCAAACGGCACCAUGACGAACGAUCUCUGGAGUCCACUGCAAUCACCAUCCUCCACAGGUCUACCGUGAAGAGCCAAGCUCAAACAGCUAGCGAAAUCUUGCUCGCUAGGGACAUCAUGAAGACCUCCACGCUGGUCGCACGACAAUUGGCACCCUGUUGCUUGCUCGCCCGCUGUGAUGAAAGCAUUCAGCCUCAAUGCAGCUUAAAGGAGCGCCCGGCAUGCUGCGACUCAUGCCGCGGAGAUCCUGACCAGUGCGGAAGGGCUCUCCGACAGUCAGACGCGAAAAGACGCUCAAGCGAGGGCGAUCAGCAUGACGACGUCGACGAGCGAUCUGAAAGCAGCGAUUUCCACUUGCUCUCCAGGGCGUCAUCGGAGCCUGACGCGCUCGUCAGAGUACCGAAGACGACACCUCAUUGCUGCAACGUCGACAGGUGUUCGCCUGGCUACUUGCAGCGUUGUGGAGAUCCAGACGCUCCUGACUGUUGCGACUCGUGUAAAGGAGACAAAAGAUGUCACAGAGGAGCAAACGCGUUGAAGCGCUCCUUGGAGCUACCGGAAGCUGUGGAGCUUGGCGCUAGAGCCAUCAGCGGGGCUUCCACGAGCGACAAUACGAAGAGGGAUGCAGCUGUGGCCGACGUUCAUCAACGCUCUACCAUCACCGCUCGAGAGAACGCUGCGGCGAGUCUGUUGCCCAGAAAGGAGAAUCCCUGCUGCACUGUGGACACUUGCGGUCCCGGCGACCAAACCAAGUGCGGAACGCAAGGGCAACCCCCUUGCUGCGAUGGAUGUCGAGGAGACACAAGCCGGUGCGGCAGUGCCGGAUAUUCCUGGGGGUUGCUGCCUCCACCCAACGAGAAGUCAGAGGAACCGGAACCUACUGAAAAGAGAUCCUUCUCUCCUCUUGAAGCGCAGGGUCAUUCGCUUGUGUUGCCAAAUCGAUCCUUGCCCGGUUGAGGUCUCGUGCUCCGGCUCUGAUUGCUGCCUUAGCUGCAAAAGACAGACGACGUGCGCUGGCGCGUAAGUUC